CGGAAACAGUUUAACUUCAGCCGCGUCGCAAACUCUUUUAAACAUGCGCUUAAAUUCGAAUUUAAGAAAUCAACUCAUAGUUUUGAUGUGUUUAGCUUUGUGUAUAGAUGCCAAAAACUCGAGUACGGAUUGGUGGCAGGGAAUGCCUUACGCUUUUAUGGAUAUACUCACCAUGAAGAUGAAUUUAUUCACCGCAUUGCCACUUGAAGUUGCCGCCACAGUCAUUGACACUUUGUGUUCCUCAACUCUGUUUAUGACUGGCGUUCCUCCGCAAAUAACGCCAGAUAUAACCAAGAUGCACUUCCAAUACAUGACGCCUUGUCUCAACUAUUCUGUUCCCUUGCUGGAGGCUGAAAAGCUGUGGAUGCAUCCCAAAUUUCGCCAGAAUCGUAAAUUGGUAAUUCUGGCCACUGGCUGGACAAACACAGUCAACGAUUCCAGCGCUAUAGCAAUGAUUUCCAAGGCUUUUAUGUGCCGACCUGGCGUUAACUUUGUGAUUGUGGAUGCCGCCUACUAUGUGGAUACGCUGUAUAAAUGGUCCGCCUUGAACACGGAUCUGAUAGGCGAGCAGGUGGCCAUGGGAUUGCAGCAUUUGAUCAAGGCGAUGCCCUGGAUGGACAUACAUUUAAUAGGGCAUUCCUUGGGUGCACACAUCAUGGGAACUGCGGGGCGCACAUUCAAGAAGCUCUCCGGCCAUUUAGUGUCACGGAUAACAGGACUCGAUCCUGCCAAACCUUGCUUUCGCUACGAGAAGGCGCUGCCUGGGCUACAAAAAGGCGAUGCCAGCUUAGUGGAUGUGAUACACACAAAUUGUGGCAUUUUGGCCAAACGUGAUCCUUUGGGUGAUAUUGAUUUCUAUCCAGGCGGUGCACAUCCCAUUAAACCAGGUUGUCUGACAAUUGGCUGCUCCCAUACCCGAGCCGUCGAAUACUUUGCCGAGAGCGUGUAUCCAGAGUAUCAACGCAGUUUUCUGGGCAUGAAAUGUGACUCAUGGACGGCGCUGAAGCGACGCAAGUGCAUCUCUGAAAACACAUCUACAAUGGGCUAUCUAAUCAAUCGUAAAGCGAGAGGAAUUUACUAUGUUGACGUCAAUGGCUGGAGUCCGUUUGGCAAAGCGGACACCAUCUUAGCACCAAAACAUUUUGUGUGCGAUAAAACUAAGUGUUUAAGUUAGAUUGAAGUUACAUUAAAUUAUUAUUAUU